AUGUCAGAAGAAUUCGCGAUUCGAGUGGAGCAAGGUCUUAAACUCUCCCGACGGAUAUACUACGGCAAAGGAAUCACUCUCCCUCCAGUCCCGGAUCCUGACUCAUCGCCGGAGAAUUUUCUCCCGACGGCGAUUACCGCCUACGCUUCAAUCACAGAUCCGGUGGCUGUAGAUAACCCCGAUGUCCCGAGUUACCAGCCGUACGUGCACGCACGUUGCGAUCCGUCGGCGCUCGUGCCGCUUCAGAUGCUCGGAAUAGAGAUGAGAGUAGACUCCUGGCUCGACACGGCUUUCGUCACCGUCACCGGACGGUGGCGCGUUCACUGCGUUAUGCCAAGCAAACACUUUGACUGCUGCAUCGCUGUUCCCAUGGGAGAGAAGGGAUCAGUUCUUGGUGCUGAGAUUGAUGUUCUGACCAAUGAGAAAUCUUACAAGACCAAACUUGUUACAGAGGAGGAAACUUCUGACUUUGAUAACGUUCAUAAAGACAAAGAUUCUCGUUUCUUGAAGUCUCAAAUCUACACUUUCAAGAUCCCACAUGUUGCUGGAGGAUCAAUAUUUUCGGUUAAUGUGAAUUGGUCACAGAAGUUGAUAUACAGAGAGGGAAAGUUUCAUCUCAAUGUGCCUUUUAAAUUCCCUGCUUAUGUGUUUCCUGUAGGAAAAGCAGAGAUUAGUAAAAGAGAAAAGAUUGUUUUAAAUCUUAAUUCUUGUGUUAAUGGCGGUGAAAUAGCCUGCAGCUAUUCAAGCCACCCUUUAAAGGUGAUUCACCGUGAAACUGGUAAAUUAAGCUGUGAGUAUGAAGCUGAAGUAUCAUCUUGGUCAAGAAAUGAUUUUGGAGUUUCAUUCGAUGUUUCCUCUGGUGAUCUUAGUGGUCAUCUUUUGGUUAAGUCUCCAUCUCCAUGGGAUUCAGAUGACAGAGGGAUUUUCUGUUUGUACCUUUUCCCUGGAACCACUAAGCAUAAGAAGCUAUUCAAAAGAAGAGUUGUGUUUGUGAUUGACAUAAGUGCAAGCAUGAAAUGGAAGCCGCUAGAGGAUGUGAAGAAAGCCUUGUUAGAGUCUUUAGCUAAGUUAGAAGCUGAAGAUGUUUUCAACAUAAUUGCUUUCAAUGACGACAUUUUAGAAUUCUCAACGUCAAUGGAGUUUGCAACUGAUGAAACUAUCACUGCUGUGACUGAAUGGCUUGAUAGUAAUUUAGUUGCAAGUGGUGGAACAAAUAUGAUGCUUCCACUCCUAAAGGCUAUGAAACUUCUUGAAGGAAGCAACAUUGGAGUGCCUCUUGUAUACCUUGUCACUGAUGGAUCUGUUGAAAAUGAGAGAGAGAUAUGUAUUGCCAUGAAAGAAUGUUGUAGCAGAAACGAUACAUCAAUUUCUCCUCGGAUCUCUACCUUUGGCAUUGGUUCGUUUUGCAACCAAUACUUCUUGCAAAUGCUAGCGAGGAUAGGGAAUGGUUACUAUGAUGGCACCAACAAUACAGAUUCAUUCGAGCAUCAGAUGACUAGACUAUUUGAUUCAGCUACUACAACAAUCGUAGCUAAUGUCACUUUCGAUGCUCUAAAACUCCUCCGCUCAGUCGAGCUGUUUCCUUCUCAGAUUCCAGACAUUACGCUCGGUCAACCAUUGAUAUUGUCUGGAAGAUACAAGGGAGAGUUCCCAGAUGAAGUUGAACUCAGAGGCACAUUGGCUGAUAUGAGCUGUUUCACAAUUGAGUUAACAGUGCAGAAAGCUAAAGACAUUCCUCUAGACAAGGUUCUUGCGAGGAGGCAAAUCGAUGAACUCACUGCUCGAGCUUGGUUCGAAGACAAGAAAGAGCUAGAAGAAAAGGUCACGAGAUUGAGUAUACAAACAGGGUUUCCAAGCGAAUACACGCAAAUACUUUUAUUACUCAUAAACAACGACGAGGAAGAGAAGACAAUAGGGAGACCAGUUUCAAUCAAAGAGAUUAUUAGGAACCCUUCGUACCAAAUCCACAAGCAGAUGCAGAGGAACAGCGAGAGAACGAGUUUGCUUGGGAAGCAAGGUUUUGGGUUCGGUAACUUGGUGGCGACGUUGAAGAACGUGCCACCGUGGAUGGAGGAGCCGAAGGAGCCGGAGGGAGCGGAGAUUCUGUUAGUAGCGGCGUCGGGAGUGGUGGAUCGUGUUUGUUGUAUGUGUUGCUUGCGGUGCGUUUCAAAGAUGAGCGAUCAGUGCACCAUCGUCUUCUCUCAGCUUUGUGCAGCAUUGGCUUGCUUCCAAUGUAUUGGUUGCUGUUUCGAAGUCUGUGGCUGUCUUGACCUCUAA